UAUAGUGUGUAAAAUAAAAAAGAAGAUUAUAAAGAAGGGAAACCGAAAACGUCUGACCGAAAACCUAUGGUCACAGGUAGCAAAGAUUCCAGUUGUGAAUGUCAACCAGAAUCUGUUAACCAGAAUCUUCGAUGUAUGUAUACGAAAACGUUGCAAUUGGAAACGAAAUAGGAAUCUUACCGUUACUGCUUUUGAAGUUUAAAAAUGUACCCAACACUCACCUGAAUUUCAGCAAGUUUAUCAAAAUUGUUUCAAGAGAAAUGAAAGCUGCAGUUGCCUAGAUACAACGAUUACUUUACUGAUUCUGCUGAUAGCAAUGCGAACAGUAUGAUAUAAUGUUCUAAAAACAUCAAAAGAAACCACAAUUUUCUAAGUCAGUUUUGACAACUUGUACGAUCGUUCCCGCUUCGAGUGAGUUUGGGAGAAUACAGUCAGAAAUCAAUAGUUUUAACGCUUUUUAUUUGGCCGCUCAAUGAUAGGCCAAUCAAAUCAAUUACAAAGUAUGCGUUUUUUUUAUUGGAAAACCAAGCUUCGUAAAAAAAAAACAAAAAUGCAAGAAUCCCUACUCUGGCUCUGGAAAACUGUAUGCGAUUCCAGAUUUAAAUCAUAUUUGACUCCGCAAUUCUGAACCAGUCCGUUUGAGUCCGAUUGAGUCCGAUUGUGUCCAGCGAGUCCAAUCGAAUGCAGUCAAGCGCAAAAGGGCUAUCAAAAUUAAACUUGGACGAGUGAAAAUUAACAUUGGGCCAGUCCAAACAUGUCGUUGGUGUCAGAGUAAGUUUCGUUAGCGACAAAACAUGCAGCACACAUUGCUAAAUGUCUUGGAGCCCCCUGCUUUAGACUGUUCGUCAAAUAUCUCUAAUGCAGCCCUCAAAGUGGAACUAUCCAAAUACGGACAGAUACAGGAUAUCAAGGGCCUGGUUUGGGAGAGUCCAUAGCGUUUCGCAGGCAACAAAAGAAAGUGCAAACGAAAAACAUAGGCCAAGCAACAAUAUCAACAAAAAGGAACGGGAAGAAAGUAAAACACAAGAAAUGCUCUAAUUCAGAAUAUAAUCCAUGAAAAGAUAUUCAAACACGCACAGGCCUUGAAAAAAGUUUAAAACUAAAAAACACACUGAAAAAGAAAACAACCGAUUCAAACGAACCAUGAAAAUUUUAAACCAAGAAGCAAACACCAUGAUAUAAACAUAUGAAGCCUUCCAUUAUCUACUGUCAUCAAAAUUAACAAACCACAAACAACAAAACAUUAGAAACAUCCUAUACCAGAAGAUCUCCUUCGACUCCAGUUAGUCGAAGUCCAUGAAGAUAAAGUUUGACUCUGAACAUGGGGAUUCAAACAUAGGAGGAUACAUCACCCUCUUUUGCAAAAUAGAAGAAGAAAGAUCACCAGAAAGGCCCGCGGUUGCUUCGAGUUAAAGACCGCGCUCGGAUAAGGACGGUCCCGUCCCUUCCCGUUACUGUGACCAUUUCACGCUAUGGGCUCGGAACAUUCCACGCAACUGCCGGGAACAGCCGCCGACGGUGCCCUGCGCACAGGCAGCCUACAUCGCCACUCGACGGCCAACCCCACCGCGUCCGGUACGUCCUCGUCGACGCCUGGGCGCUCCGGGCUGGCGGGAGGCGGUAGCGGCGGCAAGCUGCAACGCGGCAACACGAUUGCGGUCACUGGCACGACACCGGGCGGCGGGGUGGACGAUGGCUACUCCACCUCAUCCGUCACACCGUCCUCGGCGUACAUCUGCGACUCGCGGCCCGUCUCGCCACCCAUGAGCGUUUGCUCCGAUUCCGACUUGCCCUACAUCUCCUACACAGACAAACCGAUCGGUGAUUCACCGAAGCUGCGCAACAAGCAGCAGGCGAAGCAGACCAAAUCACGCCCAAACAGUGCGAUUAUCAUGGGUAGAACGUCACAACAGCACCAGCCCCACCACUACCAGCAACAUCUCACCCAGCAGCUGGAGGGCAGGGGUGGCAAGGGUCGACCCACAGCCGCACCGACUGGUGGCGGUGGAAGCGGCGGGGCGCACAGCAUCGUGGUGGUGAAGUCGGCCGCCGCCCGGGACGUUGGCAUCGAAAAGGAUGACGACAUCGUCCGACUGCAGAGCGUGCCGAUGUUUCUGCCGGUGAUGCGCGGCACGCUGACGCUGCCGGCGAACCGCGACCCGGAAGUGCUGGAGCGGCUGCAACCGACCCAUCUGAUCAACAUGUGCAGCCGGCUGCAGUCACACUUUAACACGUGCGCGGUGCACGUGUCCUCGGAGCAGCAGCAGAUAACGAACCGCAUCAAGGAGGUCGACCAGGAAGUGUCGAGCGCGCUGGCCCAGCUGGUGCAGAAGCAGAAGCUGUACACGUCGUACGCGGAAACGUUCUCGAAGGUGCGCCAAAUCUCCCAGCAGCUGACGCGCUGCAACGACAUACUGAACCAAAACAUCGAGAGCAUGGAGUAUCUGAACAAUCUGCUCAGCGUGGAGGACCGGCUCGAGCCGUUCGUGUGGAAGACGGAGUAGUGGUUUAGGGGAAUAGCGUUUAAGAGCAAGGAAAGCGCAAGGCAAAACGGCACAUAUGGUGGGCGGGUGGUGUAACUCUAGUCGUGCUCUGCAGUGCAAUAAGCAGCCAAAACAGUGUGGCUCAAUGCUUAUCAAUUUAAUCAGUUGUAUUGUAUUGUUGUUUAUUGAAAAGAUAUUGACCGGAAAGCUGUCUUCCGGUUAUUCCUUAUCACUUAUAAUUACCCUAACUCUUAAGACUAGCAAUAAAUAAUACAUAAAGCACCGAA